CAAAAUGUUUUGAUGGUGAACUUUAUCAUUGUAAAAUUGCUCAUCCUAGUAAAGUUCGUUGCACCUACGGCACGUUAAUACAUCUUCCGAAUGCGGAGGACUCUAAAUGGGGAAAGAUGAUCAGCUCGGGUGUGAGCUUUACCUAUCCUAUUGGCACGAAUUCGAAGGAUGUAUAGUGUUUUUAUCUAACAACUAGGCAUGGGCAAAUCCUAAUCCCAGCACUUUCCUCGUUCUAACAAUUAGAAUUUGGAUUUUACCAAGAAAUGGUCAAUCAUGCUUGUCCUGACAUAGGAUGGGGCCUGAAUGACCAGUCCAUUAGACUCCCACCAUAAAUUAUUAUCAUAUAAGCAGGUGGUAUCUUGUUCAAGUACUCACACCACCACCACCACCACCACCACCACCACCAUCUCUACUCUUCUUCUUCAUUUUCUUCCCCUAAAGUUUGUAUCAUGAACUUGUAUCAGCUCAUUUGCUCUUUCAUUUUGAUCACGUUGGUAUUAAAACACCCAAUUCCAGUUGAAUCAGCUGAAAAAAGCAGACUCAAUAAUGGACCUGUAAUCAACGUGACCAAGUUCAUCUCCUUCCCUGAUUUCAGCCCCAACAACCCUAGAAUCAACCAUGAUCUGAAGCUUCUAGGCAGUGCCAUCUUCUCUAACGGAAAGGGCUGUAUUCAAAUCCCUGACAUCAUCUCCCAAAGAGUUCUUGAUCUCAGACACCUCGCCGGCCGAGCCCUUUACUCCUCCCCAAUCCGCCUCUUCGAUCCCAUUUCCGAAACUCCCGCUUCUUUCCACACAACAUUCUCUUUCCAAUUCAAUUCAAUCCUCAAUUCUACCAAUUCCGAACUCAAUACAACUGGUGGCGCCACCAGCGGCGGUGUUGGUGGCGGUGGCAGUGGGCUUACUUUCAUUAUAGUCCCGGACGAGUUCACCGUUGGAAGACCAGGUCCGUGGCUAGGCAUGCUGAACGACGUCUGCGACGACGAAUACAAAGCCGUCGCCGUAGAGUUCGACACUCACUGGAAUCCGGAAUUCGGAGACCCUAAUGACAACCAUGUGGGCAUCAAUUUGGGUAGCAUUGUCUCCACCACAACCAUCAAUGCCUCCGACGUCGGGGUUCAGCUCAACGACGGCUCCGUCCACCGCGCGUGGAUUGAGUACGAUGGACGGCGACGGUAUAUGGAGGUCCGUCUCGGACACGACGGGGAAGACUAUCCCUCCAAACCAGUCUUCUCUGGUUCUUUAGACCUCUCGUCCUUUCUGAAGGAAUACAUGUUCGUCGGAUUCUCUGCUUCCACCGGAAAUUUCACGCAGAUUCAUAAUGUGUUGUCGUGGAAUUUUACGUCGACGAGUCAGGCUUUUCUCCGAGUACCUUCGCCGGAGACUUGUGAGAGUAAGAUCAUCGUUCAGGGUCUCGAAAAUGACAGAAACACUCAUAACAAACCGCUGAGUACUAGCUUCAUGAUCUUCUUAGCUGCUGUUGUUCUUCUCAUUUUUGUACUCCUCAAUCUAUACUACAACAGAAAGCCAAAAAAUUCAAAAUCAAACGAUGUUCCAGUAAUAUUGCCGGAGAAGAAGCUCCGGCCAAGCCCGCCGAACAAGCCUCGCCGCUUCACCAUUGCCGAGAUCUCCACCGCCACAUGGUGUUUCAGUGAGUUGCAGAAAUUGGGUUGUGACAGUAGAAGUGUUACGUACAGAGGAACGAGCUUGAAUGGGUGUCCACUCGUGAUGAAGCGGUUUUCAACUCAGUUUGUGAACUCGGUGGGUUCGGAUAAGAGGCGGGUGGCGAAAGAGAUCGGAGCAAUGAGCCGGGUUCGUCACCCAAAUUUGGUUCCGAUCAGAGGAUGGUGUUACGACAAUCGAGAGACAAUUGUUGUGUAUGAUUAUUUUUCCAAUGGGAGUCUGGACAAAUGGUUGUUUGGAGUGGGUGUUUUGCCUUGGACUCGGCGGUUCAAGGUUGUUAAAGACGUUGCCGAGUCACUGAGUUAUGUCCACUCGAAGCAACUCGCUCACAAGAACGUGAAAACCAGCAGUGUUUUUCUUGAUGUUAGCUUCAGAGCGGCUCUGGGUGAUUACGGGUUCGUGCUGUCUUCAACUGAGUCAACUCGGUUUGAGUCGGCAGUGAGUCAGAAAGCGGACGUGUUUGAUUUCGGAGUAUUCGUGUUGGAGGUCGUGGCGGGUCGGAAGAGGUCCGACCCGGGUGAGCCGGACUUGUUGGAGUGGGCCUGGACUAUGCACGAGGGAGGCGAGAAGGUGGAGGUGGUGGAUCGGAGGAUGGGCUCGGUAGUAAACCCGGAGCAAGCGGUUCGGGUUGUGGAUAUCGGGUUGCUUUGUACUCUGAAUGAGAACAAAGGGAGGCCUUGUAUGGAGGAAGUGGUGAGGUUUCUGAAUUCGGAAAGUCCGGUUCCUGAGUUGCCCCCGACCCGACCCAUUUCUUUGUUCCCCUACAGCAGCACCGGUGGUCUCUGCAUUGGCUAUUCUUGUGUUCCUUUCAAGUGAAACUUAAAUGUAACAUGCAUUGGCUCCAGUUAUUGAUGACAUGUCCCUAUUGAAAGUGAGUUUUCAGGAAGGGCUCGAGAAAUUAUAAAAUAGUCCGAAACUAUGAGUAAGGCAUACUGACUCAGUGGUGCAUUAUAAUUGGUUGAACACAUUAAUAAUUUAGUAUAUUCAUCGCUCUUUAAAUAUUGUUCGAAACUAUGUAUAUUAUCCUAUGCGAAUUUGCUUUUAUUUUUAUUGGCUU